AUGCAGUCUCUUCCAUCAGAUACUUUCGUUCUUCGUCCCCAUAUUCAGUCUCAUCGAUAUUCCCUUUCAAGCUUCAGGCGACGCACUUCACUCGUCACGUCGUCUACCUCUAACAACCCGCUCCCUUCGUCUUUGUCCUCUUCUUCUCCCGCUGGAUUCCACCGCGAAUCUUCGCUACGGUUAUUCAACGAACGAAUUUGGAGUCGAAACGCUUUUUUCUGCUCCAAAACCAAACGGAUUGAUGUUGGAUUGCUAGUUCCUCCUCUCCGAUGCGAAGCUUCAUCAAACGGAAACAGCGUUCAGGGCGAGCGCAGUUUGAUGCAGUGGAUUGAAUUGCUUGGCGAAGCUUUAUCUACUGCCUUUCCUGUUUGGGUGGCGUUAGGCUGCCUUUUAGGGCUGCUCAGGCCGGCUUCCUACGCUUGGGUUCAACCGGGAUGGACUGUUCUUGGUAUUACUCUCACAAUGCUUGGUAUGGGAAUGACAUUGACCCUUGAGGAUCUUCGUGGAGCCCUGGCAAUGCCUAAGGAAUUGAUUUCUGGGUUCUUGCUCCAGUAUUCGGUGAUGCCGAUAUCAGGCUUUCUUGUCAGCAAGCUUUUAAAUUUGCCAUCUUACUAUGCAGCUGGUUUAAUAUUGGUUGGUUGCUGCCCUGGUGGAACAGCAAGCAAUAUUGUCACUUACAUUGCAAGGGGAAAUGUAGCUCUUUCUGUGCUGAUGACUGCGGCAAGCACUAUGGCAGCCGUGAUAAUGACCCCUUUUCUUACUGCUAAACUUGCUGGUCAAUAUGUUGCUGUGGAUGCAGCUGGGUUAUUAAUGUCCACACUGCAGAUUGUUCUUCUUCCAGUGUUGGUUGGUGCAUUUUUAAACCAGUAUUUCCAUGGCUUGGUUAAAUUUGUCUCUCCAUUCAUGCCACCCAUUGCUGUUAGUACUGUAGCUAUUUUAUGUGGAAAUGCAAUUGCUCAAAGCUCCUCUGCUAUUCUGAUGUCUGGCCAGCAAGUAGUGCUGGCUGCAGCUCUUCUUCACGCUUCAGGAUUCUUCUUCGGUUAUGUGCUUGCAAGAUUGCUCGGCAUUGAUGUUGCAUCUUCUCGGACAAUCUCCAUUGAAGUAGGAAUGCAGAACUCGGUGCUAGGCGUUGUUCUUGCUACCCAGCACUUUGGAAAUCCUCUUACGGCAGUGCCCUGUGCAGUUUCUAGCGUUUGCCACUCGGUCUUUGGCAGCGUUCUUGCUGGGAUUUGGAGACAAAGCAAAGAUUAGAUGAAAAUUAUGUCUACAUUUUGUAUGGGACAUGUGCUUUGAUCCUUUUGAUUCAGUAGAUUUCUACCGUUGGGAAAGCUCAUUAGCCAUUUCCAAUUGGUGCCGACAGGUGGUUUGCAAUCAUUACAUGUUUGAACUUUGUUUAAGAUAUAUAUAUAUUUUUUUGGU